UGAGGAGCUGAGAAGAGAGCAAUUCACACUUGAUUACCUCCCAAGCUCCUGAAUUGAGCAGGAGGCUAGACCGCUGAGCUGCGCUCUCCAGAGGUUGUACUACCCAGCUCAGUCGGCCAUGCAGCCUUCCCAAAGGCUUCUGACUCUUGGCUUCCUUCUGUUAACCCUGGCCUGGGGCCAGACAUCCGAGUUUCAAGACUAUGACUUUUUGCAGUUUCUAGGCUUAGAGAAAGCACCUUCGCCUCACAGGUUUCAACCUGUGCCUCGCAUCUUAAGGAAAAUCAUCCGGGCUCGAGAAGCUGCUGCGGCCAGCGGGGCCUCGCAGGACUUAUGCUACGUGAAGGAGCUGGGUGUCCGUGGGAACCUGCUUCGCCUUCUCCCAGACCAGGGUUUUUUCCUUAACACACAGAAACCUUCCCAAGAUGGCUCCUGUCUACAGAAGGUCCUCUAUUUUAACUUGUCUGCCAUCAAAGAAAAGGGAAAGUUGACCAUGGCUCUGCUGACUCUAGACUUGGGGCCCAGGUCCUACUAUAACCUGCAACCAGAGCUGGUGGUGGCUCUGUCUGUGGUUCAGGAUCGUGGUCUGUGGGGGCGAUCCCACCCUAAGCUGGGCAGAUUGCUUGCUCAGCUGUCUGUCCCUGGGCCUCAAGGUUCUCUGCAAUUCAACCUGCAGGGUGUGGUUAAGGAUUGGAACAGAAACAGACUGAAGAAUUUGGACUUAUACUUACAGAUUCUGGUCAAAGAGGACAGAUACUCCAGGGUAAAUGUCCAGCUUGAGAACCCCUGUGACCGGCUGAUAGGGUCUCUUCAUGCCUCCCUGCUGGUGGUAACCCUCAACCCUAAACACUGUCACUCUUCUUCCAGGAAAAGGAGGGCAGCUAUCCCUGUCCCCAAGGGUUUUUGUAAGAACCUCUGCCACCGUCAUCAGCUGUUCAUCAACUUCCAGGACCUGGGUUGGCACAAGUGGGUCAUCGCCCCUAAGGGGUUCAUGGCAAAUUACUGUCAUGGAGAUUGCCCCUUCUCAAUGACCACAUAUCUGAAUAGUUCCAAUUAUGCUUUCAUGCAGGCUCUGAUGCAUAUGGCUGACCCCAAGGUCCCCAAGGCUGUCUGUAUCCCCACCAAGUUGUCUCCCAUCUCCAUGCUCUAUCAAGAUAAUGAUAAGAACGUCAUUCUCCGACAUUAUGAAGACAUGGUAGUGGAUGAGUGUGGGUGUGGCUAGUCUCAGGAAUAGGACAAGCAUGUGCUCAGGGUAAACUCUUUAAUAAAACUACGGUUCUUGGCUUAUGACCUCUUCAAUUGGACAUGUCCGCCAUCAUGCUUAAUGAUCCCCAUAAUUACACACAGUUGUGUAUGGCUACGGAGCCCGUAGUGAUCUUAGCUCAUUUGUUCUCAUUGUGCAUAACAGCCAGGCUGCUUGUUCUGGUGUGAACAAGGUCUUACUGUGUAUCCUUUGCUGGCCUUGAACUCACAGUAGUGAGUUCUUUUCUCUACGUCCUGUGUGCUGGGAUUACAGUUCUGUGCCACCAGGGCCAAAUAAUUUUUUUUUUGUUGUUGUUGUUUUUUUUGAAACAGGGUCUCAGUGCACCAGGCUCUCCUAUCACUAUGUAGACCAGGCUAACCUCGAACUCACAAACUGCCUCUGCUUCCUAAAUCCUAGAAUUAAAGACCUGCUCUCUGCCAUACAUAUAUACAUAUAUGAUUAUGUAUCUUAAAGUUUUUAAAUUACUUUGCGAAAAUAUAACAUAGAAAACCUUCCGAGA